AUGACACAGAAUCGCAAAGAGAGGUUCCGAAAGCCAGUCGAUCCGCCACCUUUCGUGAAGAUGCACGUCGACGCGUCCGCAGACCCUCAGGAUACAUGGCUUGCUAGUCCCUAUCUGUUCGUCAUGGCGACUCUACUACAAGGAGAAAAAGGCGACACUAUAUUGUCGGGCCAGGACACCAUCAUAGGUCAGCUGUCAUCUUCGCUACACCGUUUGAAGGACCUCGAGAACCGCGAAGGGGGAUUCUUCGUCUUCGGCGACAUCUCAAUCCGCAAAACCGGUUGGUAUAGGUUGCGGUUUAACCUUUACAACCUGGACAAGUCGUCAUUGGCUGCACCUUACGCACACUUCAUUACCUAUGUGGACUCAAAGCCAUUUCAAGUGGUCGCAAAGGGGUACAGCGGGCUACAAGACUCGUCUCAGCUAUCCCGAUCGUUUGCGGACCAGGGUGUGAAGUUGAAAUUGCGCAAAGAAGGACUUAAGAAGCGUACCAGAGCAGACACUGAUUACACGCAGCAGUUUGAUGGCUUGGCCCGUGAACAUGGAGAAGAACGCUAUACCUCGCCCACCUCGAAGCGUUCCAAAUAUGGCGAAGAUUUAGGCGCAAGCACGUUUGUCUUUGCGAACCACUUGAGCUCUGUUCACUCCUACCCAGAAGCGAACUUCUUGCCGAGCGGUUAUGGAGGACACGGAAGCAGUGCUCCUGCACCCCCUUUGGUCAGCGGCUAUCGCCGUCCAAGUAUGCAAUCCGACCUGUCAUUCACGGGUCCCAUGAGCACAGGAUUUGGCGCCAACAACGCGUACAGACCCUCGCAUCAAGGCGUUUCAACAGGAUUCGCAACGCAUGCAUACGGACACACCCCAGUGGGAUACACGACCUCGUCGACCAGCCCAGACUACUUCAGCAGCUACGGCAAUACUACAGCGUUGAGCGACUCUACCGCUGCAGCAACAAUCCCGACGCCUGCAUCGUAUCAAUCGUCCCCUACGUCCAGCUAUCCGCAUACCAACACCCUAGCUACCGCCUCGUUCAACGGCUUACAACCAGUGCAGCCCAUUGAGUCGUCAGCCGAUCCUCACUCAACAGCCACCUACGGCAGCAGUAACCAGACCCCACCGUUCGCGCUUGCAAACGGCUUCCCAGCGGAUGGCGAUAGUCACGGGCAACUGAGCGGCGGUCUCAGCACGAGUUGGCCAGCGCAAGCCUAUACAGGCGUACCUGGCGCUCAAUUUCCUCCCGUGCAACCUGAUGGUAAGAACGGUCUCCAACGUGGGAUUAGCGAUGUUGACGCAUCGUUUUGCGCAGCCCGUCUACCGCAUCGCUGA